AUGUCUACGAGUGGAAGAUUACGGUUAAGCGACUUCAAGGAUCUUGAGGAAAUCGGCCGCGGCGGAUUUGGGGUUGUUUUUGCUGCCACUCAACCGAAUGGGGAGCGUGUUGCUCUCAAAAAGAUUUGUUCUCGUGCUGCUGCUGAGCGUAUAAAAAACGAAAUUAGAGCUAUACGUUGCUUGCGUCAUCCUAAUAUCGUUCAGUUCUUCGAAGAUUUUGUUGAUGGUAGCGAUACUUAUGUGGUUAUGGAAUUAUGUGAGCUUGGGUCUAUGCGCUCCUACGUCAAGCAAAAUGGGCCUCUCACCGAUCGAGCAGCUGCAUAUGUUCUGCGCCAAAUUAUUAGUGCAGUGAAAUACAUGCAUCGUGAGGGGAUUCUUCAUCGAGAUCUGUCUUCGGGAAAUGUUUUGAUCAAUAGGAUUUUCUCUCCAGAAAAGAUAUCAGUGAAGUUAUGCGAUUUUGGUCUCGCAACUCAUUUACGAAAAGGAGAAACGGCUUGUACUGUUGUGGGUACUCCUGGAUAUAUUGCUCCUCAGGUUUUCAAGCAGGAAUAUGAUCAAGCUGCAGAUGUGUACUCUUUGGGAGGAGUUCUUUAUACUAUGUUGACAGGUGGCGAUCCGCCUACUAAAGGUCCAAUGCGGUUCGAUGGACUUAGCCUAUCGGCUGUGGACCUUAUUGAAAGCAUGAUGGAGCAAGAAGCAUCCAAGCGAAUUUCUUUGAAUGAAAUCCAACGAUCGAGCUUUAUGGUGGAUUAUUGCGAUAACACUUCCAUUUCUCGAGAUUGGUCAGCAACUGGCGAUCGAGUUGGCUCUGUACUGUCACAGGAGCGGCGAAGAUCCCGAGAGUAUUCGAGAGAACGCCGCAGUGGCUUUGAUCGGAUUCACGAUAACAGUCGAGGUGAUGAAUCACGUCCUCGCAGAGCAGCUAGUAACCCUCCUCUUGUGGGUGGGAGACUUCGCCUGACAACUGGGGGUGCGGAAGAUAGCGGAUUCGGUAGUAGAAGCUGUGGAGAGAAGAGAAUCGCCGCUCGGAGUGGUGCCCGUAACCUUCUCCAUACUACAACAGCAAAAGAAAAAGAAAAUGGUGAUCCAGCAUGGCCUCUACCAAUUUAUAGAUGUGGCGGUGCAAGACUUGUAACAGCAGCAGGACGGUACGUAAUUGUUGACGAUCACAAACUAGUGUUCGAAGUUGCUAACAAAAAUGGAUUCAUCACAAAAAUUGUGGAAGUUCUUAUUGGUACUCGUGGAAGGCAGCAGGUAGCUUUCGGCAAACCUGCGCAUUCAAAUGUUGGACUGCCGUUAGAGCAUGACGGUUUGAUUCCUUUGGCAAGGGAGCGGAAUACAGUUGCUUUAACAAGUUUUUCGUCAAUGAAUAGACAUGAGCGAGAUGUUUAUGCACAAAUUGCAAAUGCUGUGGAGGCAAUGAGAGGUCGAGUAGAUAAGAUUGUUUACCAGCGUCCUGCUCAAUUUCCUUCUGCUGUGGCAAAAAUUAUGGAGAAUGGUACAUUCCGUAUUGUGUUCAGAGAUCAACGUCGAUUGAUACAAAAACGUGGUUCGAAAGAGGUUCAAAUGCACUAUCCUGAUGGAAAAAAGGAGGACGUCCUCGAUUCGGACACUCUUCGUCUGUUUGAAGAAGUGUUUAGAUUCCUGAAGAAAGUGGAGGACGUAUGGGAACACCAGAUUGGCAGUUUCCCACUCUCAUUCUCAAUUUCGAAAGAUUCGGUUGUUUCGCCCAGGGCUUCGGCGCUAUCCGAGAAUCGCGUCCCUCUUUCUGAGAAAAAUUUUCAAUCGUCCUUGCUGACCCAACGUUCUGCUCCCGCAACUAUUAGUAUGUACAAGAAGACCUCGAUCGAAUCUUCUAAAGGAUGUCAUGAUAGAAUGAGAUUCAAAAUAAACAAGAACAAUGAAGUUUGUAGCGUUGAGUCACCGGAUGGAAGAUAUCUGAGGGUUUCAAGCGUGUCGAAGUCUAAACUCAUUUUUCGAGCUCGGCCGGAUGCAGCUGAGCAAAGAUUUCAUGUGACCGAUCCAGCGUAUCCAAAAGGAGCACGUGAACUCUACGGCUGCCUUGAAGCUGAAAUUAGACGACGGGAAAUGCUAUCGUGA